UGGUCUUACGGACCCCCCUGAUCCAGUGGUCUCACGGACCCCAUGAAACAGUGGUAUUACGGACUUCAUGAUCCAGUGGUCUCACGGACCCCAUGAUCGGUGGUCUCACGGACCCGGAGGAUCAGCCAGCAGGUCUCCAGCUUUUAUCGAUCCGUUUCUGUUCGCGAUGGCUGAAGCAGCAGCAUGAGGGCCCCUGUUGCUGCACCAGCAGUGCCCUGGUAAUAAGUGAAGACUGUUGAAGAUCUUGCUGUGAGCCCAGCUCCCCCCCCCCCCCCUCCUCCGCCUCAAGCCUCUGGUGUCCACGGUGGACGUGACACCGGAGCAGCAGACCCACCAUGGGGAACGGGCUCUCGUCGGACCGCCUCCUGCCCUGCCUGCCGUCCUUCCAGCCGCUUCACAUCGUCAUCCUGGGGCUCGACUGCGCCGGCAAGACCACCGUCCUGUACCGCCUGCGCUUCAACGAGUUCGUCAACACCGUGCCCACCAAGGGCUUCAACAGUGAGAAGAUCAAGCUCUCGCUGGGAGGCGGCGGCGGCGGCGAACGGCGACGCCACUGGACGACCCCGUCGGCGUCUUUCCACUUCUGGGACGUGGGCGGCCAGGAGAAGCUGCGGCCGCUGUGGCGCUCGUACACGCGUUGCGCCGACGGCCUGGUGUUCGUGGUGGACUCGGUGGACGGCGAGCGCAUGGAGGAGGCCAAGACGGAGCUGCACAAGAUCACGCGGCUGGCCGAGAACCAGGGCGUGCCCGUGCUGGUGGUGGCCAACAAGCAGGACCUGCGGGACGCCCUGGCCCUGGCCGAGAUGGAGCGGCUGCUGGCGCUGCGCGAGCUCGGGGCGGCCACGCCCUGGCACCUGCAGCCCGCCUGCGCCAUCAUCGGGGAGGGCCUGAGGGAGGGCGUGGACAAGCUGCACGCCAUGAUCGCCAAGCGGAGGAAGGCCCUCCGGCAGCAGAAGAAGAAGACCAGAUGAUGGCGGUGGUGGUGGU